AAUAAUGUCCACAGCAUAAUAAUUUAAAGAUCUUGGUAAUUAAGCUUUCAAAGAAAACAAAUUUGAAGAAGCUGCUAAGUUUUACUCAUAAGCAAUUUAAUUGAAUCCAAAUGAUCACAUCCUCUACAGUAAUAGAUCAGGAGCAUAUGCUUCACUCUCUAAAUAUUAGGAUGCAUUAGCAGAUGCUGAAAAAUGCAUUUCUUUGAACCCCGAUUUUGCAAAAGGUACAUUUGAAUAUCUAAAUUAGGUUACCAAAGAAAAGGUUUAGCACUUCACUAUCUUGGAGAAUUCGAAAAAGCAGUUGAUGUUUAUAAACAAGGUUUAGCCAAAGAUCCAAACAAUUCUUUACUUUAAGAAGGCUUAAAAGCUGCCCAAACAGAACUAUAAGGUACAUAGAACAAUCCAUUUGCUUCUGCAUUAAAGAAUCCAAAUAUUAUAAAACUUCUUGGUAUUCUCUAGAAAGAUCCAAGAACAUCCGCUUUCGCUUCUGAUCCAACAUUUAUGUAAUUAAUUGGCUUAAUGAUUUCUAACCCGUAAAUGGCAAGUUAAUUUAUGUAGACAGAUCCAAGAAUAUAAGCUGCUUUAUCAGUAAUAUUAGAAAACCCAGAAGCUUAAUAAAUAUUUUUUUCCGAAUUUGCUGGAAAAGUUAAGAAAACAGAUGGUGAAAAAAAAGAUGAGCCACAAUAGCCAUCAUAAAAAAUGGAAGAGGAACAUCCUCAAACAUAACAAGAAUAACAUCAUCAUCCUCAUUUUGAAUAAACCUCAUAAAAACAACACAGUUAACCCCCUCCAAAACCUUAACCAUAAUUAGAAGAAUGGGAAAUAUAAAAAAAUUUGGGUAAUGAUGAAUAUAAAAAUAAAAACUUUGAAAAAGCUCUACAAUAUUAUAACGCUGCACUUUAAUUGAAUAAAGAUGAAGCCUUGUUAUAUAAUAACAAAGCUGCUGUCUUUAUUGAAUAGAAGCUUUAUAAUGAAGCACUAGAAGUUAUAGAUGAAGGUCUUAAAAUCUUAGAGGUUCAUAGCAGUUUUUAGAAGAAAGCAAAAUUAUUGGCAAGAAAAGCCAAAAUUUAUUCACUUUAGAAUAAAAUUGAUGAUGCUAUUCAACUUUAUGAAAAGUCAUUAGUUGAAGAUCAUGUUUAAUCUGUUAAAGAUGAGUUGAAAAAAUUAUAAAAAUUGUAAAAAGAUUUGGAAGCAUAAAAUUAUUUGAACCCUGAAUUAGGUGAAGAAGCUAAUACUAAAGGAGGUGAAGCUUUUAAAGCAGGAAAAUUCCCUGAUGCAAUUCAAUUUUAUAAUGAUGCUGUUAAGAGAAAUCCAAAAGAACCAAAAUAUUAUUGUAAUAGAGCUACUGCAUACAUGAAAUUGAUGGAAUUUCCUAACGCUGUUUCUGAUUUAGAAAAAUGUUUAUAAUUAGAUCCAAAAUACUUGAAGGCCUAUGUUAAGAAAGCUAAUUGUCAUUUUGUAAUGAAAGAAUUCCAUAAAGCCAAAACUGUUUAUGAAAAGGGAUUAGAACUUGAUCCUACUAAUGUAGAAAUGUAACAAGGUCUUGAAAAAGUCAGAUUUUCAAUUUUAUAAGGAAGCGGUUCAGAAGAGGAGUAAUAAUAAAGAGCCAAGAGAGCUAUGUAGGAUCCAGAAAUUUAGUAAAUACUUAGAGAGCCUGAGGUAUUUUAUUUCUUUUAAUAAUUAGGUUAUUAAUCUCUUAAAUGACAUGAAAGAUCAUCCUUAAGAUGGAUUGAAGGCAAUUAAAUAGAAUCCUUCUUUAGCAGCUAAGAUUGAGAAACUCAUUGAGGCUGGAGUUUUAAAAACAGGUUGAUAAUAUAAAUCAUAUUAUUGUUAUUAUUAAAAUA